CCGCUCUCGACCGCGCCGUUCCGUUUGGCGGCCUCUCGGCCAGCCGCCCGCCCAUGCUCUCAGCCACCAGGAGGGCUGGCCAGCUCUUCCACACUCGCUUUCCCGUUUCGAGAAUGAGCGACUCCGCCUCUAAGAUCGUCAGCCCCCAGGAGGCCUUGCCGGGCCGGAAGGAGCCGAUCCCCUAUACGGCCAAACAUCAUGUCAAUGGCAAUAGAACAGUUGAACCUUUCCCAGAGGGAACACAGAUGGCUGUAUUUGGAAUGGGCUGUUUCUGGGGAGCUGAGAGGAAAUUCUGGACCAUGAAAGGAGUAUAUUCAACUCAAGUUGGUUAUGCAGGAGGCUACACUCCCAAUCCUACUUAUAAAGAAGUCUGUUCAGGAAAAACCGGCCACGCAGAAGUAGUCCGAGUGGUAUACCAGCCAGAACGCAUCAGCUUUGAGGAACUGCUCAAGGUCUUCUGGGAGAAUCAUGACCCGACCCAAGGCAUGCGCCAAGGCAAUGACCAUGGCACUCAGUACCGCUCAGCCAUCUAUCCAACCUCUACUGAGCACAUGGAGGUGGCCCUGAGGUCGAAAGAAGACUACCAGAAGGUUCUUUCGGAGCACGGCUAUGGCCUGAUCACGACCGACAUCCGGGAGGGCCAAACCUUCUACUACGCGGAGGAGUACCACCAGCAGUACCUGAGCAAGAACCCCGAUGGGUACUGCGGCCUCGGGGGCACCGGAGUGUCCUGUCCACUGGGUGUUAAAAAGUAAUUUCUCCCCAUGUGGUCAGACCUUGAAGUCACAGCCAAAAUGCUUUCAACAAAUUGGGCAAUGCUUUUGUGGCUCAGGUCAGUGGCUUUUGAAAGUGCACAAAGCGUGAAGGC